CUAAUCAAAGUGCUUUUCGAAACUGUCCGCUGCGCAUAAAUACAAGGUAAAGAAAAUAGAAAACAAAAAUAGAAUUAGCGCGCUGAAAUUAUUUAAAAAAUAAUCUAGCAGAAGCUGAACUUACAUUUUUUUAACGCAAUUUUGUUUCAAAGAGUGGAAAUUUACUGGUGUGGGCCAUUACAAGUUUUUUGUGAUAAGAAAAUAAAUUAGUUCGCAAAACUUCUGUGUGCAUCGAGUAGUAAUAAAAUUAAAGUAUACGAGUACAUAUUAUAAAUAUCAGUAUGAAGUUCCAAUUAGUCGUUCUAUCCGCCCUGCUCGUCAGCGCAUUCGCUUUACCCGUACCCGAUGAGGAAGUGUCGCCUGUAGUGCAAGCGGCGCCACAAAUCCAGGAGAAAGCCACUGAACUGCAAAAGGCCGAAGAAAAAGUUAUCGAUGCGAUCAAGCCUGCUGAGUCACGCGCUGCUGAAACUCCUGCCAUCGCUGCCGCUCCCGCCUUAGCUGCCGAGGCAAAGAAAGAAGAGAAGCCUGCUGAAUUACCAUUGAAUACUCCCGAUGCCGAAUUGAGCCAAAGCUUGCCCGCCGAAAAGAAAGAGGAGAAGAAGGACAAGCAGACACGCGCUGAUGAUCAAGUUGAGGAAGCAAAGGCUUUGCCCGUACUUGAUGCCGCGCCCGCUGCCGCUACUGUUGCCGCCGCUGAAGAACCAAAACAGGCCGAGCAAGUUCAGCCUUUGGUAGCUGCUGAGGAACUGGCUAACAUUGAAGGCAAAUCCACCAUUAUUGCUGAAGCCGCACCUUCCGAACAGAAAAAGGAUGAACUCUCUGCCGCUGAAGAAACGCCUGUGGUGAAAACUGAUGCUGCUCUAGUUGCCUCUGUUGAUGCCGCUCCUGCUGAAACAAAGAAGGAGGAAACUAUCGCGCGUCAAGAGCGUGUCGGUGAAGCAGUGAAUGAAGUUGAUGUCAAUGCUGUUCCUGCUGCAUCUGUUGUUGCUGAAGUAGUGCCAGAAGUCAAAAGCUUGCCAGCAGAAGAAUCCGCACCUUCCACUAUCUCCACCGCCGAUGCUGCGCCCGAACAGCCCGCUGAAACCGAAAAACAACAACAACCAGAAGCGGCCAAGGAACUAUUGAAAGCUGCCGCUUCUGAGCCCGUUGCUGAGAAAGCCGCACCAGCGGCGCAAGCGCCAGCCGGAGAUAUUCCUCAGCAAGCAAGCGAGGAGAGCGCCGCCAAGGCACUGAAGGCUGAGGAGUCCGCACCAGCACCAGCCGCAAUAGCCGCCAACGCCGCCUUGCCAGAAGCCAAAAAAGCCGAAGAACCUGCUGCUGCUGCAUCCGCACCAGCUGAACUGCAACAAGAACAGCAGAAGGAAAUCAAGCCCGAGGUAAAGGAAAGCGAACCUAAGACAUUGGAGGAGAAGAAACCUGCUGCUGAGGCUGAAAAACCAAGUGGUAGCAAGAAAUCCGAAGGAUCUAAGGACUCCAACUCGUCCGAUUCCUCCGAAUCGAAGGAAAGCAGCGAAUCAAAGGAGGACAAAUCAGACUAGAAAUCUAAACGAAUAAGAUCAAAUACCUCCCAUCCAUGAGUUUACAAAAACAAUAAACAUAACAUUAUAAUUAUUUGACCACCACGCUUCAAACAACCAUAUAUCAAUUGGGGAAAGAAGUUAUGCAAGCAAACAAAAACAAAAAACAAAACAAGAACGACCUAUGCUAAGUGGUCACAAACUCAACGCUCUUAAUAAUAUUUAGUUAGUUAUUUUUAGUUGUUAAAACUAUUUAGAAAGAAACUAAAUCAACAUAACGGACAAAACGAGGGACCGAAAGGUGAAUGGAUAUUUGCAAAAAAAGGCAAUCAUUAUUAUGACGUAGGCAGUGUAAAGAACCAGCGUAGUUAUGAUAAAAAUCAGGAUUAACUAGAUGCCGAUGACGAUCGAGAGUAUAGUCAAGUAUAGCCACAGUGGUAGGUAGCAUGUGCCCAGUUCAGUGACAUCAACCGCACAUACAGAUAUCGUCAUAACAUUUCAGAUCGUACAUCGGAGAUCCAGAGAUCUUCAACUCCCAAACAGCAUUAAAUACUGAAAACAAGGACAAACCAAGAAGAUGGCAUACAAGCAAUAAUACUUACACAAGUAAUUAUGAUAUAUCAUAAAUUAUUUACAUAAAUCGAAAAAUAAAUCUAAGCUUAAUUAAAUUAAACAAAAAACAAAAAAAUACAACUAAAUCUACAACAAGCUGUAAGGAGAAGUUAGAAUGAGGGAAUAUUUAAUUUUAAUGUUAUAUUGUACGAGUAGUUAUUGCUGAGGGAAGCAAGAAAGCCAAUCAUUAUGAAAAAUGCACAACUACUUUUAAGUUUAUAACCCACUUCGAAUUGGUAAAAAGAGACACACACUACGUACGAGCAUGUAUGUAUGUGUAGCGUUAAUCCUAACACACACAAUUACAAAAGAUCGACAUCAGAAACGUCCGCCUUUAAAUAAACAAUGCACACACCGAACAAUAAACGGAAAUACAUGAAUAUUUUUGAAAAAUAUCAGACACCAACCUACGUUAGAUAAUAUUAUGGACCAAUUACGUUUAAUUUUAUAAAUUAUAUGUAUGUUUAAUGUUUAUAAAAUCUCUGCUGGCACUUGCAAUUCAAGUUUUUAGGUCUUUAAUUAUCUAUGCGCAUUUAUGGUAGCUGCAGCUCUGAAUUACAUUUCGAACAAAAACGCACUUUUGUAAUUGAAAUGUAGUUGAAACGCACUCAAUUCGAAUGUGUAUAGAUAAAAAACAAAAUACGAUGAUUACAUAACACCUAUAUACCAUACACGCAUAUGAACAAGAUGUAUUUGUACGAUUUUUAUAUAGACUGACAUUUUUGGAUAAAAAAAUAAAAAUAAUAAAAAUCAAA